CUUCAACGUCGAAAAGGCUCCACCUCGACACGUUCGUCAUUCGACGACUCCACACGUAGAUCCCAGGCGCCACGAUGGAGACACCCGUGCCGCAGCAUAAGAACGCUAAGCUCCUCAGCGUCAACAGCGCCGCUGACGACCACGACGACAUUCCCGUGUCCGUGGCCGACAACAUCCAGGAGAACCGCCGCUUCAUUUGGUGGUCGCUCCUCUUCCUCAACGGGUCGUGUCUCUGGGCGUACUACUCGUGCUUGUCGGCGCAGUCGUACUACGAGUCGCGCUUUGCGUCGACGUCGUUCAAUUUUGCGUAUUUGACGACGCCCGUCACGACGUGGCCCAUGUUUGUGGGCCAUCUCGUACAAGUGGCGUUUGGCCUUGACAAGAAGCUCGGCAUGUGGAAUCGCGUACGUAUUGGCUAUGCACUCUACGCGAUCGCUGCGCUCGUCAUCAUUCUCCAAAACGUCUUGGACGUGGCGCCGCAGACGGGCGCGACCAUCGUGCUUCUCAUGUUUGGGCUCAUUGGGCUCACCAACUCGCUGACAGAGGCAGGCUUUUACGCGCUCUCGGCGCUCUUUCCCGAAGCAUCGUUCACAAACGCGAUCCAGAUGGGCAACGGCACGUCCGGUCUCAUCAACGUGACGCUCAACACACUCAUUCAGCUCGUCGUGGGCGGCAUCCACCCCGCGGCCAAAGACGCAGCCGACAUCCAAAAGAUCUCGUUCUACAUCUUCUUUAGCGUCUUCAUCCUCGUGUGCUUCCUCGCCGUCUACCUCUUUCACAAACUACUCCAGAUCCCCUCGGUGCAGUACCUCGUCGAGCGCAACGACAACGAGACGGCCCGACGCGCGGCCAACAAGGAAUCGCUGCCAGCGAUGUGGGCGCGCCUCCUGCGGAUCACGGGCGUCAUCAUGAUCCCGCUCACGUGUCAGUUUCUCAUAUUUCUGUGCUCACUCACGGCCUUUCCUGGCAUUGGCAUCACGGCCGGUUUUCAGCUCGCAGCGAAAUCCGGCGCCACGUGGGGCACUUGGUACAUCAACGGCGUGCUUCUAAGCUACAAUUAUGGCGACUUUUUCGGCCGGCUCCUCUCGCCGAAUUUGUACAAGUACUUUACGAUGCAAUCGUGCUUUCUCUGGACUAUUCUCCGCUGGGGUUUGUUUGUACUGCUCUUGCUCGGGCUCCCCGGCGGCGGCCAAAAUCCGCUCUUUGCCAUGGCGUCGGCCCACGACUUCAAUAUUUUUUGGAUGCUCUUUAUCAACUUUAUACUCGGGCUCUCAACAGGUGUCUUGAGUACGAUCACGUUCGGCCUUGGCCCGCGCCUCGUACCACAAGACGACCGCGAGUCGGCCGGGGCCAUCAUGUGCCUCGGGCUCUUCCUCGGCAUCUCGUCCGGCGCGACGAUCGGCUGGCAGUUUGGCAAGAACCACUGGCUCGGCGCCUAAGAGUUUGCUUGUGAGUUGGUGUAAUCAAUCUCACCUUUUCGAGAGUGCACAA